AUGUCAUUCCUUCAGCCUGCACCUGAGCCGGCAACGCCACUGGGGCGCUUACGACCUCUCUCGGCAUCUGCAAGUAUCCGAGUGUCUCCUCUACAGCUCGGGGGCAUGUCCAUUGGAGAGUCGUGGUCGAGCUUCAUGGGUAGCAUGUCGAAGCCGAAGGCCUUUGAACUUUUGGAUGCAUACGUUGAUGCAGGAGGAAACUGUAUUGACACCUCGAACAACUACCAGGAUGAGCAAUCGGAGCGAUGGAUUGGCGAAUGGAUGAAGGCUCGUGGCAAUCGUGAUAACGUGGUGAUUGCGACCAAGUACACCACGUCCUACCGCGACUAUGAGCUUGGAAAGGUCUCUUAUGUGAAUUAUUCGGGCAAUUCCCGGAGAAGCCUACAUAUGUCACUGCGAGACUCGCUUCAAAAACUGCAAACCGACUGGAUUGAUAUUCUCUAUGUUCACUGGUGGGAUCAAACUACCUCGAUCGAGGAGGUAAUGGACAGCCUUCAUGUUUUAGUACAACGAGGCAAAGUGCUGUAUCUUGGGGUGUCUAAUACCCCUGCUUGGGUCGUGUCUGCGGCAAACUAUUACGCGAACGCAAAUGGAAAGACACCCUUCAGUAUUUAUCAAGGCCGAUGGAACGUUCUUCGCCGUGAUCUCGAGAAGGAUAUUCUUCCAAUGGCGCGGCACUUUGGUAUGGCAAUUGCACCAUGGGAUUCAAUAGGCGGUGGGAAGUUUCAAUCGAAGAAACAACUUAAGGCUCGGGAAAGCGAAGGCGAAGCCCUCCGCGCGAUCGGGCCUGCGAUCCAGAGUGCAGAAGAAGCUAGAAUGAGCGAGGCACUUGAGAAGGUAGCAGCUGAGCAUGGGGUGGACUCCGUUACGGCCAUUGCAUUGGCCUAUGUGUUAUCGAAAGCGCCCUAUGUCUUUCCCAUAAUUGGUGGGCGAAAGAUCGAGCAUCUCCGAGACAACCUCAAGGCGCUGGAGAUCCGUCUCACCGAAGCCCAGAUCGAAUACCUCGAGAGCGUCAAGCCACUUGACGUUGGAUACCCAGCCAAUUAUAUUGGGCAAGAUCCAAGAAUCACCGGGAAAGCCAGCGGGGUUUUGGCAACUACAGGUCCUCUCGCGUUUGUGAAGUAUCCAAGUCCUAUCAAGCCCAGUCUAUAG